CACCACAGUGCACACACACCUGUUUGUUGGGGUAACACAGUGUCCCACAGUGAACCCUGCAAGUCUGCCAGGAAGCCACCGGACUGGCAGAGCAGAGCUUUUCAUCUGCGGCUGCUUUUCCUUAAAUUAUCCUUUAACACAGUAGUUAAUGUUAGAAAGAUUUUAGCUGUUUGAAAUUUCUUUAUUAAUUGUGUUUUACCUUGUAACUUGGAAUGGAAGCGGUAGAGCAUUGAGCAUUCGGUGAUGAUGGACCAUAAAACAGAAAUCGAGACGAAAAUUCAGGCAGAGGAGCGAGUGAGGAGGGUUUCUUCAGACCAACGCUGUGAGAUUUUGGAUUUGAGUGGAGGGGGAAAUGUCAGGGAGCUGUGCGAAGAGAAAAGGAUGAUCAAGAAGAAAACCGACUCGCCCAGGUUGUCUGCGGAAAUCCCUGUGAUAGGACACGUUGAUACUGCAGAAUUCAUGAAUGCAGCCACUCAAGGCAAACUGAAUGUGAUAGACAAGUAUCUGGCAGACGGUGGGGAUCCUAAUGUCCACGAUGAGUUGAAGAGGACUGGGCUGCAUCGUGCCGCUCUGGAAGGACACGCCGCAGUCGUCAACAGUCUUUUAGAAAGAGGAGCUGACAUCAACUUCAAAGAUCAGCUGGGCUCUGGGGCCAUACACUGGGCCUGCAGAGGGGGGAGCCUGGAAGUUGUGGAAAUCCUGAAGAGUCACGGUGCCAACCUGAACAUGGGAGAUAAGCUGAACAGCACUCCUCUGCAUGUGGCCACGAGAACAGGCCAGAGCACCAUUGUGGAGUACCUGCUGUCCUGUGGUGCCAAAAUCCACUGCAGGGACAGGGAAGGAGACACAGCCCUGCAUGAUGCUGUGCGUCUCAACAGAUACACGAUAGUGAAACUGCUCCUCGAUGCAGGAGCGGAUGGCAGAAUCAAGAAUCUUGAGGGAGUGACGGCCGUGCAGCAGGUCAAACAGUGGCAGUCCGACAUCAUGGAGACGCUGCAGAGGCUGGAGACGCUGAGGGAGGUGGGACAGAGGCCCCCUGAUACGCCUCAAGAGAGGAGGGAAUAAUGCAGAGUGAAAGAUGAAAAUCGACUCAUCCAGUAUAAUGUUGCUUAUCUGUCAAAAUACAUUCUCUCAAUCCACUGCACAUCUGUUUAUGUCGUAUUUGAGUAGAUGCAUUAAACUUAUGGGCCAUAUGGUGUGAGCGUUAACCUCUGAGAUUAGUCCAAACACCAGUGUAGAAAAUAUUUGCCUGGAUUCGAAACGAUCUUCCUCUGCUAAGCUUUGGCUUUGGUUUUCAAUUCUGAAGAGCUUUGUGAUCUUAGGAGCACUCUCGUGUUUAAUAUCUGAUUUGUGAUGCUUUUGGAGGUUGGAUAUUACAAACAGACCAUAAUCCAAGAAAAGUCGAAUGUAGGGCCAUCCAUCCAGUUGGUGGUGAACACAGAGUUAUCAGAACCCUGUGACACCGAGGUGAUGAUGUGCCACUAAGAGGAGCACAAAUACCAGAGGGAUGUACUUCAAGCUUGUGGCCAGCCCUCGCCCAAGACAGAAACCCGUACAAUACAUCCUAAAGUCUGCACAUCGAGGUCAGCAAUCUAGUGUGUGAGGUCCAAUGCAGUGAGGAAUGCACGGACAUAUAUAUGUGAGACCAUCUAAAUUAACAAGAUCUGGAUUUUUAUUUGGAUCUGCACCCAAUUGCACGCCCUCAUAAAUAUCAGCCCCCUAAACAUGUCUGGUUUUUAUCAUCAAGACCCGUUAAAUAGUCUCUGGGAAAUCAAGGAAAAUGUGGAAAAACCGCCUUGUCUUGCGAUGUUAAACAAUGUGGAGAACCAUUCCUGGCUCAGCACCCAAAUUUAAUGGGUUAUUUCCUGACCCAUACCCCGUUUCUACACAAAGUUUGGUAGUGAUCCGCCCAGUUUUUGUGUGUAAUCCUGCUAACUCACAGACCUACGACACACAGAUGAAAACCGGAGGGCCAGAAUACAAAGAAUUGUACAUAUUUGAAAUAGAGAUGAUGGUUUGAAAGAAGGGAGAGGGACCGUCUUCAGCUACAAAGCAGAGAACCCCCCCCUCGCAACAGAACUAUGACACCACCACAACACCACAUACACAUCCACAUCCACUGCUGUCCCUUCACCGCUUCCCAUGGGAUGUAACAACCAUUCACACUUGUAAAAAUGGAAACUGACUACCCUCGUUCUCAGGUGACUCCCAUGACUAGUUAGAACAGCCAGGAGCAAAAAACAAACCGAGUAACAUCAGUGAAGCCACAGAGGUUAAACAUCUGAGAUCCCCCCCGCCCUGUCAGAGCUAUAGAAACCGCUCUGAUGAGAUAAGAAACAUCUCCAAGUAUCUAUAGCCGAGUCCAGUUGCCCUGGAGUCCUGUUUUCUGUCAGAACCUUGACCUGAAUGACUGAGAGUCUUCACAGGCUUUACCAGAUGGCGUUGAAGCUGAAUAUGAAUAUACAUCAAAAGGUGCCUUCUUUUAUAGAGGCGACAGACACGGCCAGAGCUCAGAGCAGGACUGCGUUGGAGACGUCAGCUGUCGGGAGCGGAGAUGGCUGCGAGUCAGGGGUUCAGCGGGAGCUCAGUGGACAUAUUUUCCCCGUAUCAUCAGUGGCUCAAAGGUUCCUGAGGGAGGUUUGUCACUCACACUGCGGAAACAAACCUCCUGUGUAGUAUGUGGUUGUGUGGUUAGUCAUUAUACAUACAGCCAGUCAUUGUUUUGCUGUUCAUUUCAUCUAGGUUCCGAUCCAAGGACAUAAAACCCCACAGAAACAAGAUAGAUGGAUGGAUAGAUAGAUAAAUGGAUAGAUAGAGGGAUUGAUGGAUGGAGAGAUAGUUGAUCCCACUCUGGGAAAUGCCUGAACGGUAAAAGAAAGAUUUUAAUAAUAGAUACAAAUAAUACGAAACAGAAAUGUGUAUAAUAAUGACAUAAAAAUGUAUGUAUAAAUACGAUAAAUACUGCUGUAUUUUUUAUCCACUGAGGAUUUGUUUUACAAAAUAAACAGAUUUCCACGAAACCUAUCAGAGGUUGGGGUUCUGGAUCAGGGAAUGGUUCUGGAUCUUUAUAUAUAUAUAUAAAAAAGUGUUUGAUGCAGCUUGAUUGAAUGUAAGGAGACUGAAGGGCCUCGUUGGGGUUUAGAUGCUCUCUUCUGCCGUUCCACUUCACAAUGUGAAUGUGAAACUGCUGUUUUGAAAAAGCUUCGGUUGCAGCCUUCUGUUGAAUACCAAUGUGUUCAGCAUAGACAACCCAUCAGAUACAGUAUCAGACGCACGCACUGUUUCCUGUUCCAGUCAAGGCUGUGUUAACUGUUCAGGACUUCAUGCGUCACCACACAAGGUCGCACACUUAUUUUGUCAAUGCGACCCGACAGAGAUGCAACUGUGAAUUGUCAAUGUAAUGCAGUGAGCAAGAAAACGUCUCUUAAACAUGUCGGACUCAUACAUGUUUCACAGCUUUAGUUAGAUGUCAUUUUUGAUUCCAUGUGAACUAUAGCCGCGUGCAGUUUUUCUGUGAUGUUGCAUCGGGCUGGAGUGAG